AUCUCUUCUUCGUUUGAUAAUGCUUAAAGGGCUUCUUGGCUUAUCUGCUACGCGAGCGCCUCAAAGUUCUUCUAUUUCUUCCUGAUCCAGCAUUUCCCCCCUUCUGCAAGCGCCGAUUGGAUUGAGCGCAGUCACCGUUAACUUGAGUCUCACUGAUUGAUUACCGCCUGCACCUACCUAACUCCGGCUUCGAUAUGGUGUCUCUGUGGGGUAGUAAGACCAACGGCGACGAGCAUCAAGAAGGAGACGAGGAACAGGAGCAGACGAGGGCGACAUCUUCCCAUGAGCAGCCCUCCAGACAAUCUGAAGAUGCCAAUGAACGAACCAGACUCCUUCCUCGUCAUGGUCAAGCUCCUGGCUACUUGAGCCCGGAUGACCCUGCCGUUUCCCCAUACAAUCUCUGGAGUGUCCGCGUCUUGCGCUAUUUCGAAGUCUUCUUCCUCGCCGUGACCUGCUUGUGGUGGGUCCUGCUCUUCAUCUCUAUCUUCGUCAGCCCUCCGAAGAUGCAUUCACGUGGGUCGGGCUUUUUCGAUGUCUCCUACACCACCCUCACCAUAGGCAAUAUCCUCACAGCCCUGGUCUUCUUCGCCGUCCCCUCUACUGCUAUGAGCAUUUUGAGCAUGGCAAUCUCCGUCAUCCUCCUCAUCGACAUGAUCAUCAUCCUGGCUGUGGCACGCAUUCGUGUCGAGGAAGGAUGGAUUGGCAUUGCGUCGGUCGUUUGGGCUGCCCUCAUCGGCUUCUACAACGUCGUGACCAACCGAACAGUCAAAUGGGGCAAGGCUGAAGAGGAGGAGCGGUUGACCGGCCGACAGGAAACACGUCGCACCGUCAGAGAAUGGCUCGCGGUCAUGCUGUCGACAUUUUUGAUGGUUGUCUAUGUCCUGAUAACAAUCCUGCUCACGGCUACGCUUGUCCUUCGGUCGCGAGAUGCAACUCUUCCUGCCCCUGGCAAGCGAUAUCUCGUCGAUGGCGACAAGUACAAGGUCCACCUCGCCUGCGUUGGCAAUCAAACCCUCAAUGCUGAUGGCGAUCCUAUCCCUACCGUCUUGCUGGAAGGAGGAUACUAUCCCGUCGAACACUCCUUUCAGUCUUGGGUGCAGGAUGCGUACGACAAUGGCACAAUCCCUCGCUACUGCUAUUGGGAUAGACCCGGUCUGGCUUGGUCUGAUAAUGCACCUUCACCACACUCUGCAGGUAUGUCUGCUGAUGCACUUUCCGAAGCCUUGGCCAUCGCUGGGGAGGACGGCCCCUGGAUAUUGGUAUCCGCGGGGAUUGGCAGCGUCUACAGUCGAGUGUUUUCGGCAAGACAUCCUCGAUCAAUUUCGGGGAUGAUGUUAAUCGACGGUCUUCAUGAAGACCUCCUCUAUCAGAUCGCCAGCCCCGGUCGAGGGUUCAUUCUUUGGGGUCGUGGCAUCAUCUCCCCGCUGGGUCUGGACCGUGUCGCUGGGGCUUUAUUCAAAGGCCGCACCAAGGAAGACCGCGUGUAUGGCAGGUCGUCAUACCAAGGAGGAAAGUUCAUCAAGAACAAAUUGCAGGAGAAUCUGGUGGCGGAUUCACUCACCAAGAAUGAAGUCGUCAGUGCGCGCAUCAUUCAAGACCCCAACGUUCCUCUUGUCGUAGUGACUUCGGGGAUUCAUAUCAAAAAGAACAAAGACUGGGAGAGGAAACAGGAAGAUCUGACCAAAGUGACGUCAAAUCUGCUGGCGUGGGACAUUGUCAAAGGAGCACCGCCAGAAGAGAUUUGGAAGACGUCGGAUGGUCGGAAAGUCCUGGAGAAGAGAUUGAAGGAUCUCUACGACGGAGAGUAAUCUAUGCGUUGCAAGGUGAAACUUGCUGUUGGAAUGCAAGUAUGAUUGUAAUUGUAUAAGGUAAAGUGCAUCCCGGUGUUGUUUUGGAUCCCUGUGUGGUCAUUUGACAUAAUUUCUAAAUACCGAAAAGAGCCGUGAGGCUUAAUUUAGAUAAAGAUUCAAACUCAAAACUCGGUGGGUCAGUAGUUCCUAGUUCUCCACCUGUCUGACAGUGGGUUUGAAAUUCUGGCA